AUGUUGUUUGCUUCUGCGCUGUUGUCGCUCGUUUUGCUGUUCACUUCAGUCCAUGCGUACCACGAUCUCAGCGACGAUACCCUCAAAAGCCUACCUGGCUCGGGCAGUGACUUCGACAUCAAGACUGGAGCGCUGCUAGCACCUAUUCUGCGGCCCCGAGUGUCCGGCACUGAGGGCAACGCGGCCGUGCGGCAACACUUCCUCGACUUCUUCAAGACGAACCUCCCGGAAUGGCGCAUUGAGCUGCACAACUCGACCUACACUACGCCCGUGAGCAAGGGAAAGGAAGUGCCGUUUGUCAAUGUCAUUGCGACACGUGAUCCGCCUGGGACGAGCGAAGGCGACGUCUCGCGCCUGGCACUGGUCGCCCACUACGACAGCAAGCUCACGCCAAAGGACUUCAUCGGCGCAACAGACAGCGCGGCACCAUGCGCCAUGUUACUGCAUGCUGCGCGCACACUUGACGCUGCGCUGACGAAGAAGUGGGCUUCCGGGGCGGGCGACGAUCUGGACGUGGAGCACAAGGGCGUGCAGAUCCUGCUGCUGGACGGCGAGGAGGCCUUCCACAGCUGGACCGACACAGACAGUCUGUAUGGAGCUCGUGCACUCGCCGAAGACUGGGAGGCCUCCUUCCACCCGGUUGCCUCGACGUACCGCACGCCCCUCGACUCGAUGGAGCUCUUCGUGCUGCUCGACCUGCUUGGCUCUAAAGGGCCGACAGUCCCGUCAUACUUCAAGACCACACACUGGGCAUACAAGCACAUGGCGAGCGUUGAAGACCGUCUGCGCAAGCUGAAACUGAUGCGCUCCUCGCCCAACCACCCUGACCGCUUGGCCAAGCGCGAGAACAAGAAGCCGCGCGCCGAGCCGCACUUCCUGUUCGAGGAGAACAAAAACGAGGACUUGUUCAUGGGCGGCUUUGUGCAGGACGACCAUGUCCCGUUCAUGGCGCGCGGCGUAGAGAUUCUUCACAUCAUCCCUUCGCCGUUCCCGCGAGUGUGGCACGAGAAAGAAGACGAUGGUGAGCACUUGGAUAUGGACACAGUGGAGGACUGGGCAAAGAUUGUCACGGCCUUUGCAGCUGAGUGGAUGGAACUGGAAGGCUUCUUCGACUUCAAGGCAGAGAAGCGGCGGGAUUCGAUGGCGGAGAAGUCAGAACUGUAA